AUGGCCUCAACACGCGCCUCAACAGGCAGCUCCAAACCACGCAUCGCCGCCGCAGUCUCAACCACUCCCGAGCGCAAGCGCAAAGCCACAACCACUUCGACCACCGCAACCAAGAGACCCACCACCACCAAGAAAAGCACCACAGGCGCAGGCGUAACCAAGAAACGCGCUCCAAAUACCAGCCACAAGAGACAGCCACCUCUCAAGGAUAAAGUCGAGGGUGCGCUUGAGAAGGCUGAAGGCACAAUCACGAACAAGCCAGGGAAGAAAGCUGCUGGGGCGAAGAAGAUGAGGGGAACGGACGGGAAGGGAGCGAGGACGAGGAAGUGA